CAGGAACCAUUCAUGUAAUUUACCCUAUUUUUUGCGAAAAAGAAGGAGAGCACUUUCUAAUUUUUAUUGUUUCUUUGUAUUUCCUGAAGAAAUCGUUUUAUCUGCUUUUAGAAUCAAAUAGAUCCCCAUAAAAGUCAUUCGGCAGUCCCUAAUUUAGAAAUCGAUUUGAUUUUGAUUUGUAUUUGUAUUUGUUGAUUGAUCCGCCACACACACAGUCUGUGCACACACACACACACACAAGAAAGGAAUUAAAUCUAGAGAAACUGGUUUGAAUAUACACAACAAGGAGGGAAGGAGAGAGAUAGAUAGAUUUGUGUGUGAUGAUGGAAUGAAGACGAAGAGGAAGAGGUUGGAAGAUGGGAAGGGCGGAGUUAGAUUAUAAUUAUUCGAAUAAUGGCAGAGGCGGAAGAGGAGUACCCAAAUGUUGUUCGUAUAAGAGGACCACUGUUAUCAUAUGUUCCAUCAACAUUGUUGUUGCUCUUUACGUUUUUCAGAAUCUUUAUACUUCUCUUUACUCCUACUCAUAUCGAGAUUCACACAGCGCAGUUACCUACACUCCAGAUCAAAUUAGAAACAUGGAAGAAUCAAUGCGGAUACGAAAGCAAUCUGAACCUAGAAAGCUCAUUGAAACUGUUAAACUAAUCAAACAAAAAGUUGAUAGAAGAGAGGAGGAGGAGGGCAUGGUUGAAUUACCACAGCCAUUGAAACAGAAGUUAACUAAUGAGAUCAUAGAACUACUGAGUGGAUUGAAUCAGAAUGGUGGUGCUAACUCAACUUUACAGCAUGAAGCAGUUGAAGACUGGAGGCUGCAAAAACUAGAGGAAGUCAAAACAAUUACUACUGGUCAAACGAAAACCUCAAAGUCAAAUUCAACAAUCCUACCAGAUGAAGCAGGUAUUCUAGCAAGAGUGUUGGAGUUCAAUUGGGCUGAGUUAUCACAUGAAAUUGGGCUUUGGAUACCGGUUAAUGUCAUCAACAAUGAACAUAACGACAAGCCCGAGGGUGAAGAUGAUUUUGAUGAUAGCAUAUUAGCUGGGAGGAGGUUGCCUCCUGAGUGUAAUACAGAGCUUCAUACAGACUAUGGUGGUCAAGCAGUCAAAUGGGGGUUGACUCAUCAGAAAGAAAGUGCAUAUGAAUGUUGUCAGGCUUGUUUAAAUCAGGCUAAAAAUGCAAGACCUGAUGAAAUGAAAUGUAAUAUUUGGGUUUAUUGUCCUGCUGAACAAGGAUGCCAUUCACCAGAUAUAUACCAACAUAAACUUGAAGAAUGCUGGCUUAAAUAUGCAGAAACACCGAAAGUGAGCUUUAAGGAUAAAUAUUCAGAAAGUUACAGAAGAAAUCACCCGAAUGCACCUUUGGUUGUUCCUUGGGAACUGCUCCUCCCCCUGUUCGAAGUUCUGCUGUGUUUCUUGAUCGAUCAAACAGGAAAAAGCAUGCAAUUAGCUAACAAUCCAAUCCGUCAAACUCACUACAACAUUCUGAAUGUGAAAGAAGAUGCAACCCAUGAAGAAAUCCGUUCAAGCUAUCGAUCUGCUCUUCUCACUUCCCAUCCAGAUAAGUUACAAAACACUUCCAUUUCCAACCACCGAGAUCUGGGAUCUCAAUUUCUCCAUAUCCAAACAGCUUGGGAAAUCCUAGGAGAUGUGAAAUCACGGGCAUUAUAUGACCAGGAGCUUCGGGUUUCAAGACAUGAUGAGUUAACUGCAGAUGAAGUUGAGCUAGAGGAUUUGGCGGUGGAAACUAGCGGUGAUAUGGUGGAGCUUUUUUAUCAGUGUAGGUGUGGUGAUUACUUCUCACUUGAUUCUUUGGAGUUGAGAGAGAUGGGAUUUGAUAUAUUGAUAAAAGAAGGUGAGAAGAUAUUGUUACAAGCACAUGAUGAUGGUGCUUCGGUGACAUCAAUCUUGCUACCUUGCACUUCUUGUUCUUUGAAAAUCCGUUUGGUGACCAAGAAAGAUAUUCGGCCUUAAAUUUGUGGUAAUUGAUUCAUGAUUUGAUUCAAAUUUUGGCAUGAUAGGAGUCGAUUGUAAGCAACCAUUUUUGAAAUCGAGAAGGAGAUUAUCGUUGUUAUAACUUGUGUUGAAGUGAAUGUAGAAUGUAAUGUAUGUAUACCUUGUGGGGUGUGAUGAAAUGAGUUCUUGUUCAUAAUAUGCUACUAGGUUACAACCCGUGGUUUUCAUGGUAAAAGAAAUAUUGAUAAUUAAAAAUGAU